GCAUUAUUCCGAUGCCAAUGCAAUAAUGGUGGGUUCUAAGAUGCUGGUUUUACUUCUGGUUUGCUUUGCAGUUAAUGAAGCUGCUUUAUACCACUAUGGUCAUUACCACCACCACGGCGGCCACUUUAGAAAUGUGGCGUAUGGAAAGAAUGCGAUUCAGAGUUCCAGAUAUGAUUCCCAUAAAUAUCCAGCAUCUAAUGCUGUCAACGGCCUCCUCACUGAUUUCUCCCACACCAACACAGAAAAAUCACCAUGGCUUCGGAUUGAUCUUGGAAGGAACUAUGAAAUACACGAAAUAGAAGUCUUCACUAGAAAGGACUGUUGUGGUGGUCGACUUCACGACGUUGAUGUCAAAGUGGGCAAAAGACCGUACCUCAUGGGGUUUUGCGGUCAUUUUUCGGGACCUACAAAAAUUGGACAAAAGUUUUCUGUAUGGUGUCCGUCUAACACAAUUGGCCGAUAUGUAGAGAUACAGAUUGUCGGAGGAUCGGAGAAUGUCCUAGACCCGGCAGAGGUUGUUGUUUGGGGACAUUUGUAAUUGAUAAAAAAAAAUCUCAAUAAAUUAAAUUUGCAUGAAACGAAUAA